AUGGACGACGAAAGAAAGAAGAUGGUUGACGAAGAGUACGAAAAAAUGAAGAAGGCAGGGGACCAUUUGACCCCCAACUCAUUAUACCGGGCAAUAGAAGCGAGGCUUCCAGCAGAACUAAAGGAUGAAGAUGUUCUGAAGAAGAAGGCAUUGUAUGGCCACAAGAAGGCACCAAUUGAUCCCAACCAGCCACCCUCCCCAGUGAAACGAGCGAAGCGGGAUUCUUUAGCCGAAACUCAGGAAGGUGAAGAUGCCGCAAGCAUUCAGCGACACAUACAUGAUCUGAAGCUCUUGGCGGCAAGGCAAAACCCAGAUGUGGGUAUAGUGAAGGACAACAUGCACAGAACAAGGGGCUACAGGAUAGAGUAUAUAGCCAAGCAUUCAGUUGUGGAAAUUCUCCAAGAAUUUCCAAUUUUGAAAGCAGAAACACAGCUCCUAGAGCAACUUCAAGCCGCAUUUGGAGGAAAGGAUGUUCACGCUUCACUCUACAAGUUUUUUCUCGGUGCAGCAGAUGGCAUCAUGGAGCUGGCUGAGAAAAACAGCGACACUAAAGGAAUACGUGAACUGUUCACAUCAGUGUUGGAAGAAUGCACAUCUGACAAGAAAAAACAAGGGUGUCUCCUCCUCCAACUACUGCUAGGAGAAAAGGAACAGACUUAUGUCAUCAAUAAGGAUCCUGUAGUGCCAACGCCUACAAUGGUCAUCAAAGGGAAUCCGUUCGAUACUGAAGAAAUCUACAUCGACAUGGAUGGCACAAGCGCUAGCUAUGGUAGUGAUGAUGAUGAUGACGAGAGCGCUAGCCAUGGUAGUGAUGAUGAUGAUGACGAGAGCGCUAGCCAUGCUGGUGAUGAUGACGAGAGUGCUAGCCAUGCUGGUGAUGAUGACGAGAGCGCUAGCUAUGCUGGUGAUGAUGAUGAUUAUGAGAACGCUAGCUAUGCUGGUGAUGAUGAUGAUGACGAGAGCGCUAGCUAUGCUGGUGAUGAUGAUGAUGACGAGAGCGCUAGCCAUGGUAGUGAUGAUGAUGAUGACGAGAGCGCUAGCCAUGCUGGUGAUGAUGACGAGAGUGCUAGCCAUGCUGGUGAUGAUGACGAGAGCGCUAGCUAUGCUGGUGAUGAUGAUGAUGACGAGAGCGCUAGCCAUGCUGGUGAUGAUGAUGAUGAGAACGCUAGCCAUGCUGGUGAUUAG